AUGAGUGUGACUGCACAUGGAUUGGGAUCUCGUGAAAAAGCCAGGAUUGCCUUGAAAAACAGUCGACAAACCACCAAGCAUGAUGGUACAUCAAUGGUUGUAGUUAAGGAUAUUGAAAAUGAAGUUCUUGAUGUGGAGCCUCUUGCAGCGUAUAGUGAGCCUCCUCAAAUUUCCUCUCAGAAAAAGUCCAUCUCCAGGCUAGACAACCUCAUACUGGAAGCUAUAAUCAACUUAAAGGAGCCCACUGGAUCAAACAAGACAGCUAUUUCUUCGUAUAUUGAGGAUCAGUACUGUCCUCCAGCUGAUUUUAAAGAGUUGCUAUCAGAAAAGUUGAAGGCUUUGACUGCAUCUAGGAGAUUGAUCAAGGUGAAGCACAAAUAUAGAAUAACACCAACUUCUGCUUAUUCAAAGGAGAAAAGCUCCAAAUUUCUUGUUGAAGGACAACAAGAGGAACCUAGAGCCAAAAUCAAACCCCUCACGAAAUCUCAAAUAGAUGCUGAAUUAGCAGAAAUGCGAAAUAUGUCGGCUCAGGAAGCUGCUGCUGUUGCUGCUCGAGCAGUUGCAGAGGCAGAAGCAGCGAUGGCAGAAGCUGAAGCAGCAGCAAGGGAAGCAGAAGCUGCUGAAGCCGAUGCAGAAGCAGCUCAAGCCUUCGCAGAGGCAGCAAUGUUGACUCUGAAGAACCGCAAUGUUCAUAAGCAAAUGGUUCGCGUUUGAGAAGCGACUAGCUUGAGCUGUUUUGUGCGACCAACUUGGUGAUAUACAUCUCUUCCUAGUUGUCAUUCUUGUAGAUACAUGUUAUGGUUAUGUAUAGAUCAAACAAUGAAAAUCCUCAUUUUCAUCGUGGAAAAACUUGUUGUUUCGUGUCA